GAGGAGAGGACAGAAGAGGAGAGGAGAGGAGAGGAGAAGAGAGGAGAGGAGAGAACAGGUGCAGCAGGCAGGAGCUGCUCAGAUUUCUGCAGGACUCAGGACUUCACAUUAGCGUCUAAAAUUCACAGAAACCUGACAUAAUAGGACCGACAACAUGAGAGACUUGUUCAGGAACCAUGUGGGGACGCGAGGGCGCGGUCUUUUCCAGGGACUCACUGACGCCCCCCAGACGUCAUACAAACGUUUCAGGAGGCGGUUGGUGUGCAGAGAAAGGAGCAGCUCUAAUCCUCCUGCUGUGAGUACACCUCUGACCACCGGGUGGCGCUGUGGCUCAGGAUUUGAGUUGGACACGGUCCGCCAGAGACUGCAGCUGGAUUCUCCUCCCAGCUUUAAGGACCGAGGCUCAGCAGAGCAGAGAGACCUGCAGGAAUUUCUCACAGAAGCAUCAAAGGAGCGAAAUGGAAUGAAAACACCGACCGUUAUGCCAGAAGAAAUUCCACAUGACGUUAUCAUUUCUUGCCCUAGUGACAAGAAUGUGACACAACAGGGAUGGAUAUGGAGAGCUGCUGCUCAGGAAGAUGACGACGAGCAACGAACUGGUCGAGAACAAAAAGGCUUCAAGCAGAGAAAAUCUGACCUUUUGCCCUUCACAGUACUGAACCAGACAUCAGUGAAAAGGCUCGCAGCACCAUCACUGCGGAAUGACUUUUACACUGAUGUUCUCGACUGCAGUUGCAACGGCAUGGUAGCACUGGCCCUGGGUUCUACUGUUCACCUGUGGAAUUCAGAAACUCAGGUCGGGAUGGGAAAUUUGGGUCCGAGUCCCCAAUCUGUACCGCGGCACCAACAGUCUGUCUCGUGUCUCCGCUGGAGCAGGGAUGGCAGAACCCUGUGCAUUGGCAUCAAGUCGGGGGAGAUAGUGUUGUGGGAUGUUGAAAGAAGGCAGAAGACGCGACAUGUGUCUUCACACUCAUCUGAGGUGGGAGCAGUUUCCUGGAAACAGCAGUUGCUUAGCAGCGCCUCUGUUCUCGGAUGGAUCCAUCACUUCGACCCUCGGGCUCCCGGGCCUCUGAUUGGAGCAGCGCUGCAGACAGAAAGGGUUUGCAGCCUUCAGUGGUCUCCAGCAGAAGACCAGCUGGCUAGUGGCUCAACAGGUGGUCUCCUUCACAUAUGGGACGAUGACAUCUCGGGAGAAGCAAGCUCAAAAAAGCCAGUGUUGACCAUGAAACAGCCAACAGCUGUUAAGGCGAUGGCUUGGUGUCCGUGGCGAGGAAACACGAUCGCCACAGGAGGAGGCUGGAAAGACGGGAAGCUCAGAAUCUGGGACACAAAUGCAGGAACAUGUGUAACUGCCGUGACCACAGACUCACAGAUCUGCUCUCUACAAUGGGCUGAACAGAAGCGACAUGUGGUCACAGGUCAUGGCCUGCCUCAUCACCAGGUCACCUGCUGGACCUGGGAGUCUGACUCCCUCAGAUCAGUUCAACAGUUCAAAGGUCAGAGGUCAUUCACGUCGAGUCCUUCACUUGGCCAUGAAUCCAGACCAUAGUCAGAUUUUCUCUGCAGGGGCAGACAACGUCUUUCACAUCUGGGACAUUGAAUGCUUGUAGCCAAAAUUGUUUUUUUCAAGGAUGCUCUUUAACAAACAUGCCAUUCAAGAUUUACUGGAAUAAACCCUGUGAUCGUCUGGCCAGUAUUUUAUUUUUGGAAAUUACAACUGACCAGAGAAACAUCACCUGCUCAUCUGAACUGUAACUUUUAUGUUUGUCAGAAGAGGACAGACUCAAGUUUUUAACUUUUUUGUAACAAUAUUUAUAAACUGUGAUUGUUGUCUGUGUGCCACAACAAUAAAACAGCCACUUAAAUCUCCAAAACUUUUUAGUCCUGCUCUUUCCGCUUGAUUGAACAUGUCUGACCAGAACUCAAUGACAUCCAUUGAAAUUAAAGCAGAACACGUUGAAAGAUUUUUUCCACCGUGACAAGUGAAAGAAGACGUUGUACCUCUGAUGUACAUGUGGUAAAGACUUGUUUUUUAAAAAAAACACUCCCAUGUGAAAUGUCUUGUGAAAUGACUGUGGUUUGCAGCUGAAACCUAUUAUCUUGACUAAAAUACAACACUCCCACAGAAAAG